AUGAAGUCGCUCGCCGCCAGCAUCAGGUCCCUCGUCUCCCGAUCCCUAAUCCCUCGAGCCCUCGAGCUCGCCGUCGUCGCGCCACCCGCCCUCUCCCCUCUCCUCGCCGACCAGGCCUACGCGCUCCUCCUCAAGUCCGGCCACCCCCUCCACCCCUUCCUCUCCACGCCCCUCAUCUCUCGCGCCGCCAGGGACGGCGACUUCUCCCGCUCCUCCCUCUUCCUCUCCGACACCCGCUCCCCGGACGCCGUCGCCUUCAACGCCCUCAUCUCCGGCCUCGCCUCGUUCCGCCGCCCCGGGCCCGCCCUGGCCCUUCUUGACGAGCUGAGGCGCCGGGGCCUCCGCCCCGAUGCGUACACCUUCAGUGCCUUGGUCAAGGCUUGCGGGAGCGUUUGGGAGAAUGAGAUCGUUCACGGGGCUUGCUUGAAGUACGGGUUCUCUUCGGGCGCGUAUGUGGUGAGCGGGCUCGUGGAGAAUUACGCCGGCGGCGGCGAGGUUGGGGCGGCGGAGAAGUGCUUUGAGGAGUGUGAGGGCGUGGAUAAUGUGGUUUGGGUCGCUAUGGUUAGUGGGUAUGUGUGGAAUGGGGAGUUUGAGAGUGCGAAGGAGUUGUUUGUGGAAAUGCGCCGUUUGGGAUUGGAGGUGAAUGAGUAUAGCAUGACCGCUGUUCUCGGUGCUUUGCUUGAUGGUAGGGAAGGAGGACAGGUUCAUGGGUUUGGUUUGAAGAUGGGUUUGUUGUCUGGAUGUUCGUUGCAUCUGAGUAAUUCGAUUAUGCAUAUGUAUUCGCGGUGUGGAAGCCAAGCAGAUGCUGUCAAGGCGUUUGAUGAAAUUUCUGAGCCGGAUGUUGUUUCAUGGUCGGAAAGGAUUUUGGCUGCUUCUGAUGGCAUUGAGGCCUCCGAGUUGUUUAAAUUGCUCCACUCUGAAGGUGUGGUGGUUAACGAAUUCACGGUGAUCAAUUUACUGUCACAAAUUAUAGAUGUCAAGUUUUUGAAUCUUGGGAAGCAAAUCCAUGCUCUUUCUUUCAAAAGGGGACAUAUGCAAUUGGUUUCAGCUGGUAAUGCUUUGAUCUCCUUGUAUGGAAAGUGGGGGCAGAUUGUCGAUGCCAUGCUUGUGUUUGAUGAAAUGUGUCUACCGGAUCCUAUUUCGUGGAACUCCCUCAUUGCUGCAUAUUCUGAGAAUCAUCUUCUGUGUCAGUGUCUUGAAGCGUUCUCAAAGAUGCGCUCUCGUUGGGUGUUGCCAAAUAACUAUGCUCUAGCAAGCAUCCUUGAAGUGGUUGCCCAGUCAAAUUUGCAAGAGUCGGUAGCACAAAUUCAUUCCCUAAUAAUUAAGCUCGGUUUCAUGUUUGAUGAUUCCAUGAUCUCCGCUUUGGUCAGUGCUUAUGGAAAAUGCAACAGGGUUGAUCAAUCUAAGAAAAUAUUUGCUAAGCUUGACCAAAUCAAGGCAUUGCAUCUUAAUUCGUUGCUAGUCACCUUGAUGAGCACUGGAUAUCAUGAUGAUGCCCUGGUUUUGUUUCAAAGAACAUGGCAUUCGUGCAUUGCAGUAGAUAGCACGACUCUUAGCAUCCUCCUUAAAGCUUUUGGAGCUUUAACAGAUCUAGAACAAGGGAGAAUAAUGCAUUGCCUUUGUAUCAAGAAUGGGUUUUAUCAAGACAGUUUUAUAGAAAGUGCCAUAGUCGAUGUCUAUUGCAAGUGUGGAAGCAUCAAUGAUGCAGAGAAGGCUUAUAAAAAUAUCUCCAGAGCUAAUUUGGUUGCUCGGAAUGCCAUGAUGAUGGGGUAUGCUCAACACGGUUGUGACCGUGAAGUUAUGGAGCUAUUCCAUGAAAUGUCUCAAGUUGGAUUACGGCCUGACGAGAUAACUUAUCUUGCAGUACUCCAUUCAUGCUGCCAUUCAGGGUUGGUGGAAGCAGGGCAAACUUACCUAAACUCUAUGCAUGAACUUCAUGGGGUAGUUCCGAGUGUAGAGCAUUAUACCUGCAUGAUUGAUUUGCUUGGUCGGGUUGGCCUCUUGGAAGAUGCUAAAAGGAUGAUCAAUACCAUGCCCAUGAAUCCCGAUGCUCGGAUUUGGCAAAUUCUCCUUUCUGCCUGCCACCUCCAUGGAGAUGUAGACCUCGGGAACCUUGCAGGGAGGAAGCUCCUGGAGCUGCAACCUGAAAACGAUUCUGCUUAUGUUCUUCUAUCAAACAUAAAUGCUGCAGCAGGGAACUGGAGCGCUGCUAGGGAGUUGAGGAGAGAGAUGAAAGAAAAGAUGUUGGUGAAGGAACCUGGUUCAAGCUGGAUUCAGGUUAAAGGAACUCUGAACUUCUUUUUCGCUGAUGACCAGUCACACCCAGAUAGAGAGAGAAUCUUAAUGCAGCUGCAAGAGUUAUAUGGACAAAUGCUUUCACGAAGAGAAUCUGAACCUGGUUGUGCCUCCUCAGUGGAGCUGAUCUGUUAG